GAUGACACGAAAACCUGAACACUUUGUUCCUCCCUCAGCGGAUUAGCUAUUUGGAAAGCCUACAUUCCUUCCGUGUUAUGUCAUACUUCAAACUGGAUUUUACAAUCAUGGAAUCUGACCCUGACCUCAGUUCAACUAAUGAACUCAGUGAUGAAGAAGAAGCUGAUACCCUUCUGGAUCGCAUCCCACCUCCACCUGUUGACAGGACACACAAGGCCCGACAAGGAAGCAGAGUCAUCAAACCAAAGGAGCGGAAGCAUAUCCUGAUAGCUCUAGUAACAGUACUUGUCUUCACCACACAGUUUGCCUGUAGAGGAUACCUGACAGGGGUUCUCUCCACCAUCCAGCAUAGUUUAGAUAUCUCACAAGCCGAAGCAUGGCUUAUUGAUAUAGCCUUUGAUUUUGGCAUCGUCAUUGGGAUUGCCUUGUUGUUAUCCUGCAGAAGAUGUGUCAACCGACCCCGUUGUGUCGCUGGUGGGGCGUUUCUGAUAGGAGUUGGUCUCUUUGCUUCGUCUGUGCCUUACUUUAUGCUUCAUCCAUCUCCUGCUUGGCUGAAGUCACCUGGUAUCUCUAAAGUACCUCAGUAUGAACUAUGUGAUCUUGGUAAGGUGCCAGACAGUAAUCCUGUUGAUAAUGAUGAUGAUGAUGAUGAAACUCUGGAUUACAUUAAGAGUUUGAGUGGUAAGGAGUUGGCUAUCAUAUGUGGGAUGUUUGUUGCUGGUUUAGGAGCAGCUCCUCAGUGGGUCUUUGGUUUUCCCUAUCUUCAAGAUCGUACUCAGAAGCAUCCUAUCGUGAUUGUUACUUUGUACACAAUAGGAUCACUAUUAGGCCGUUGGACUGGAAGUCUUUUGUCUUUUAUCAUUGAGCAUAAGACAGAACCAAUGAGCUCAUACGGUGCUAUAUCAAGAUGGUGGCUUGGAUUCCUUUUGCUUGGUCUAAAUGGUUUUUUGACUGCACUCAUUCUUGUGAUGUACAAUGAUGUACCAGAGGGUGGUGGCUCAAAGACAACUAGGAAUGGACGUCACACUAGACUGGACAGUGAAUCUUCAACCCACGGCAACAAUGACCAAUUAUCAGCCAUUGGAUCUCCUAUGGGGGAACCUGAUCAGAAUGAUAGUUUCUACUAUAUGCGUUUGGAUGACGCUGGCAACAUGCCUACAGGCUCAAGACACUCACACAUUGCUGAAGCCUGUUGCACUGUGUACAAGCAGAGUAACUUAGUCUUGUUGUGCAUAGCAACAAGUUUUGAGGCGGCCAUUUUAACAGGUUUCCUGGUCUUCCAGCCAAGGUUUUAUGGCAUCGUAUCAGGCAUUGGUAUUUUCGAUGCAGAAUUCUACUUCUCAAGUGCAGUACUGAUGGGUGUAAUCGUUGGUGUCAUCAUUGGUAUCAUAGCUCUGGUUGUGAUGAAGCCCUCUAUCUAUCACAUGUGGAGAGUAACAUGGAUCGUGUGUUUAGUUACUAUGGGUAUCAUGUGGGUUCUGUUCCUCUAUAGCUGUGAUGAAGCACCUGUUGAUGCAUACAGAGAGAGUCCUGGUGAACAGACCAAGGCUGAUGAUCUAUCACAAUGGAUUGACCUCAAUCAAACUUGUUCUGAUCAGUGUAACUGUCUAAAUCAAAUAUGGCAUCCUGUUUGUGGUUCAGAUCAUGUGACCUACAUCUCUCCCUGUCUGGCUGGUUGCCAAUCUUUAACUGGACAAGCAAAAUUUAACUUCAGCAAGUGUAUUGGUAUUGAAGUAGAUAAUGGAGUGAUGGGCAGUGCUACUAGUGACCCAUGUCCAGCUGAUUGUAAUCCUCUUUGGUCUCAUCUACUAGCGGUCUUCUUUAUCUUCCUUUUAACUGGAGUCAACUUCCCUAUCAUUCUGCUUCUCAUUAUCGGGACUGUUAAGGUUCAUAAACGAAGUCAAUCACUCGCAAUGUUGGUCAUCAUGUGGCAUCUUCUGGGUGUGUUACCGUCAAUCGGCUACUUCAGUGCUGUUCUUGGUCAAGCUUGUUCUCUCUGGCAAUCUGAUCAUGAGUUUAGCGGUCAGCAUUAUACGGAUUGCCUCAUGUAUCAUCCUGAAAAACAUCAUUUCUUCUUCAUCUCAUUGGUUCUCUUUCUCAAGGCUUUUGCUCUUGUAUUCUAUGGGAUCUCAUUCAGAGUUACAUCAAGAUUGAAGCAAGAUGAAGAUGAUAUAUCAGGCAAUCGUGAUUGGAUUGGUUAUAAUGGUGAGAGAGCGAGCGUUGAGCUUGGUAGGAUUGAUCAAAGAGGACAUUCAUCCACUUCUCCUGCUUUUAUCUAACCAAACAAUGUCUUUCAACUCCAUUUUGAUUGUCGAAAUAUCAUUUCUAGUUUAAACAAAUAAAAAAUAUGGAAAACCCAAUUUGAAAGGAGUCUUGGAUUUGAUUACUUGUGAUAUGAUACUCUUGUAUUGAGCAAAAAGAAAAGACAUUGUCAAGCAGCACCUCAGUCUAGAGUGGGGAUAACUGUUUUUUAUACUCUGGAAAAAGCAUUAUGUAGAUCCAGUUUUAUUGUUAUUAGUUUAAAAAUAUAUUUUUGUCACUUUUUGACUUAUGCUUUUAAACAUUGACUUAUUUGGUAAAUUGUUCUAGAUAAUUGUAAUUCAUGAAUAGAACUUGAUUCGAAGGAAAUAAAAGGAAAACGUUUGUUAUUUCAUAAAGGUUGACAGCAUUGAUAAUUUAUCAUGCUCUGGUAGUUACCAUACAAGGACCAAUGAUUUUACUUAAAUUAUCCAAGUUGACAAUUCAUUUAGUGCUGACAAUUUUUAUGAAUUAGUGCUGAUGAUUCACAGUUUCAAUAUAAACUGAAAAAAUCAAGACUUUUGGGAACAAUUAUGUGGAUUUGGGUGUAAUAUCACUUGUGUUUUAAACAAGGCCAAUUUUUUAAAGCAAUGAGCAAUUAACCGAAGAGGAAUUGGAAUGCACUGGGCCAUUACUUAUAAAGAAAGUUACUAUUCAUCUGAUCAAAUACACCUAUGGACAGCCUGCAAUGCCAACAUCUACAAAUGCAUGUUUGUUCUAAGUAUUUUCUAAAAAUUAAUUUAAAAAAGAGUCAUGCAUGCAUCAUUGUUUUAAUCGAACUAUGUUUCCCUGUUUCUGAAGAGACAUUGUGUAUAUCUCCUGUUUGAAGAAUUAUAACAUUGAUGAAUUUUCAUAAUUGAGAUUAAUUGGAUCAAUCACAACUCUAUGUUAUACCGGGCCCUCGUAUCCAUCUUGAUUGAGACCAUAUCAGAUUGUAAGGUUACUCAUAAAGCAACACUAAAUAUGAAGCUAUAAUAAAAUGCUAAAUAUGAGUGGAACAUGCCUGAUUGCUAAUUGCUUUUGUUGCAAUAAAUUGGUGUGAUGUUAUAAGUAUUUUUUCCAAGAUCAUAGUCAUGACCUUACACUUAAUGUUUGAUUAUUUUAUUUAUGAAGGUUUUUAUAUUAUAAUGCACAUUUAUUACCUUUCCACCUGUCCUUUGUGUCUUUCGUUGAAGUUAUCAUUUUUUAUUUCUUUCAGAAUUUCAUGAUCAUUUUGUCAUUCAUCUCAUAUUUAAGUAUUAUUUCUAACAUAUUUGAAUCUUUUAAAUGUUGUCAUUAUUCAAAUGAACAUGGGGAUAUAAAUAUGAGUCUUGGAUAUUCCAUUCCCGUUGAAGCAACAUUUUGUCAAGUCCAUUAUAUUUAAAUCUUGUUUUGUACAAUGUUUUCAGUUUCAUCUUCUUUCUUUCUCGUUUGAUAUCAUGCCAAAUAUCCUAAUCAGUUCAUUAUCUGCUUAAUCAUGUAUCAUCUGCGAUGAAACCAUUUGUGCUUUCUUUUACAUCUUAUAAUUUGAAAAGGUACAUGUUAAUAACAACUUCUCUUUUAAUGUUUGGUAAAAUUAUUAAUGGUCAUUGUUUACGUGUAUAGAUUACAUUAAUUAGGAAUUUUUGAUACUUUGUAAUAUAUUUUUAUGCUGGUUUGAUUAAGUGUUGUAUUAACAUUAUUAUAUGUCAUUUAUAUAGACAGUAGUUAUUUCACAAUGAUCCUGUAUUUCUUUUAAACAUUCUAUCUAACUUGAUCUAAUCAUCUUAAAAAUAGGAUUAAUGGAUUUCAUCUGUCUUGCCAUUCAUGCCUUAAAUUAGGACAAUAAUAUUUUCACAUGACUUCACACAAAGGACUAUGAAAAUUUCUUUCAUGUAUACAAAAAUUGUUCUAUUAUCAUUAUUAUAUCAACAUUGUACUUCUAUCUCAGUACUUCAUCAUGUUUUAAACCAAAUGUUGCUUAACAAGUGGGCAUGAACAAUGUCUUUUAAAUCAUUCAAUCUUGCUUCAAAGACUGAAGAUUUGUUUUUCUUUUAGUUUUUUUUACACAAUGUUAACAAGUAAUAGUCGUAAUGUAUUGUAAAUUUGCCAAAUUUUAAAAGUAUUAAUUUGAUAUUUUAUGAAUUGUGUUGUGUCUGUAUACUAGUACUUUUUGUGUGUAUUGUUUUUGCACAAUUAUUCAUAUUGUAAAUAUGAAUAAUAUUUAUAUCUCAUUUUCCAUGACAAUUAGGUAUCUCAACUUUUUUUUAGUCUUUAAUUGAACUAAUUGUAAGGUGAUCAUUUAUAAUCCAUUAUCAUUUGAAUUUUAUUCCAUUUAGGGGUUAUGAAAUUAUUCAGAUUUUAUUUCUUCCUAACGAUUAUAAAACACACAUACACAGCUAGUACUUAUGUUAAAGGUUUCUAAAAGUGAUGAAUUACUGUUGUCCCUCUUCCCUUGAAAACUAAAGCAAGAGAGAGAUAUUUAGGCAAGGGAGGAUUUUUUGUAAAUGAAAAUUCUUUGACCUUGCAAAUGAACAUCAAUUAACCAAACAAUAAUGCUUCCAGUUGAUUACUUUGUAGGUAUAAGAGCCUUUAGUCAAUUGUGUAUUUUUGCUCUCAAACUAAAAUAGUGUUUCAUGACAAGCAUUAAAAAAAAAGAUUGUUAUUAACCCAAAAGAAAGAAAAUCUUCAUAAUAAUAAUAAUAAUAAUGUCAUUUAUAUGCAAUAUUCUUGCUGGUUAUGAGGGUAAUCUAGAGAGAUAUUAUACCUGCUGUGAUGUGCAGAAUACAGUAUGUUUCAAUAUUGUCCUUGUUAUCAAAAUAAUGAUAUAUUCAUAAGUAAUUAUCAAUUUCAAGGGUUGACAUUUUGAAUAUGAGUGCACUUUGAGAGCAACUGUUUCCACUGGAUCAUUUUGUCAAGAUGUAUUAUGGAAGUAACUUGAUUUCUCUUGAUUAUUAUUUCUAUUCAUCCCACUUUAAUCACUUUAAUAUGUGCAUUUAAUUGAAUUAAUUGUGUAGGGUGAGGCUUCUUUAAAACACUGUGUUUUGUACUCCUGGACAUGUACUACCAAUAUCCUAUGACAGUACUCAGUUUUCUCUCGCUUUAAGAUUGCAUUGAUAGUACUACUCUAUUCCUCUUGUUAUUGGUGUAUAUAUUUGACUGAAGGUGUAAAAAUGUAGAUGGCUGUUAGAGUGGUAUUUUUAUAAAAGUGGAUGUGAUUUUUUGUAUCUGUAAAAUCAAGUAUAAUAAAAUCAAAUUAAAGAUGAGGAGGAUCAAACAUCAAA